UUGAGUCGAACACCGGCGCGUUACAAAAUAUAUUUGUGUAGCUACCUAAUUAGCUAAGUAAAGCAUACAAAAGCUUGUUUGUUAUUCUUGCGCUACCAGUAAACGCGGCGAACAAACUCAAGUCUGAUUCAACGGUACCAGACUUUAGCUAGACGCUGCCCACUAGAGAGGCUCGAGAGUCCAACCGGUCAUCUCCCCCCGCGACAGAGAAAAAGACCGACCUCUCUGCACGCACCUGUAGUUCGGUAAGAAACAAAGAAGUCGUGUCUAGCUAGAAGGCACGUUCGCACCAAACCCCUCCACGUGAUGGUCGUUCCCACGCAUGGGUGGACCAAUGAGGUUCGUGCUAGCGGAUAAGUGCGGUAAGUAGACUUAUCUGCAAAGCUGGGGUUUCUUAGAGUAACAUUGUACAAAUUCGACCGCAUUCCACACGUCAAGACGAGAGAAGUUGUGCUCUGUCCACACUAAACUUAGACUCAAGCUGCUGGCGAUGCCAUCGUUUGCAAACGACACCACAGUGUCAUCACUGCAACAUCAUCUCGAAAAUGACUCAGAGACGCCAAACAAGCAUCAUAUUUCAACUCUGAUAAUCUCUACAGGCAUCACAAUUUUCUUAGUCAUCAUUGUCAUCAUUGCGGUCAUUUUCACUUGCCUCUGUAAGAUGAAGAAAGUGUCGAGGAAGAUAGAGAAAAGAACGGUCCGUAUUCCACACAAACCGUCACCAACUACUGUACCCGUCCUCGUGACACCUAAAAGAUGUCCCUCUCUUCUUCGUUCGACAUCUGGAGAAAAAACUAUGUCACAUUUUCCGUUAUUGCUAACUGAUGAAUUCAACAGUCAAGCAAUCUCACCGGACACAUCUGAUUCAGAAGACUAUGGCUCUGCUUUGUCGACAACAUCUAGAUCCUCGUCGACACGAAGCAAAACACCCAUGGCUCGUCGUGAGAGAGGCCACUCUGACCUACUGAGAAGCAACAGUCACUCUGCACCAUCGUUGCCACGUCUCAUCAAGUCUUCGCCCCUCGUUCCCACUUUCCAUCGUUCACCAUAUGGUAGACUCAAGUUCAUCGUAUCUCACAGUGCUGAAGACAGCAAGUUGGAGGUGACAAUAGUUGCUGCAGGAGGAUUGCCCGAGCUCAUCGCCGGAAAGGGAUGUAACACUUUUGUCAAGGUUUAUCUUGCACCAGACGAGGACUACCAUGAGAGAAGAACACAGACAGUCAAGCAUAGCAGAUCUCCACAGUUUGAUACAACAUUUACUUUCAAAGGAAUGGCCAUUGAAGAGAUCAUCGAGCGCACUCUUGUCAUGCAUGUUUGCCACCAGCCAGACCACGGUAUCGGUAUCACACACAAGAACAGUCUGAUUGGAGUGGCCAGCAUCAAUCUCAACACCAUCCAACAAGAAAUGCAGACCAAGGCGCCCACAUGGAUCUAUCUGGCCAAUGGAAACAUAAACAUGGACUUGUUUCAAAACAUUGAGCUAGAAAUAACGCUUUGCAUACUACCAGAAACCAACUCACUGACAGUCAUUGUCAACAAAGUGCUCAAUGUCCCCAACAAAGAUGCUACAGCUGUAUACGUCAGUUAUCGAGUUCAAUGCAAUCAACGUACUCUUGCCAAGGUACGAACUACGAAGUACUCCAGCACACAGCCGGUCUACCACUACCAGAAAACUUUUGACAUGAGAGGCUUGAAUGUGGAAGACAUAGAGUUGCAUUUCAAAGUGAAGACAAAGAAAAGAUUACAUCAAUCCAAGACUAUUGGUGGAGUUAUCAUCGGUGCUGGUGCUCCAACUCUCACAGGACGAGAUCACUGGAAUGAAGCAAUCAACAGCCAGCAGCAAGUGGCAAAGUAUCACAGAAUAAACUUUAUGGAGGAACCAGACUUUCCGUCUCCUCAAUAAAUGUGAUUGACUAAGCUGCUCUAAUUGGUUCCAAUAUUACGUUUGUAUGCACAUUUUAUGUCUUAAUCACCAAUUACCAGUACUAAGUCAUCACCUAGUACCUGGUAUUAAACACGAAUUCUGUUUAUGAACAAUUA